UGCUGUAUCACCUUCAAUUUGACCCAAGGAAUGUAAACACAUAUACGCAUAAGUGAUUUAAGUGUCUGGCCAUCAUCAGCUCUACAAUUAAAAAAAAUAUAUAUAAGCAUAAGUAAUUGUAUGGAAUUGAAUAGUUAAUAAACAUGGAACUCAUUGGGUUUGUGCAUAAAUAUGAAUGGGGAAAAUUAGGAAACGAUUCUGCCGUAGCCCAACUAGCAACUUUAAAUGACCCACAAUUUAAAGUGGAUUUAAAAUCAACUUAUGCUGAACUAUGGAUGGGUUCUCAUCCAAAUGGACCAUCCAGGUACAAAUCGGAUGGUUCUAAAUUGGAAGAAGAGUUACCGUUUUUAUUGAAAGUUUUAAGUAUAAACAAAGCGCUGAGUAUUCAAGUUCAUCCUAAUAAAGAGGAAGCUAGACGUUUGCACACAAGUAAACCUGAAAUUUACAAGGACCCCAACCAUAAACCUGAAAUGGCGAUAGCCCUUACGCCUUUUGUGGGAUUGUGUGGUUUUCGACCUCUUCCGCAAAUAAGAGACAUUCUACUCAGAAUUCAUCCACUCAACAAAUUGACCGUAGAUGAUCCCAAGGACCUCGAUCUUUUAGCUAAAGACGACGAACAAGGUUUACGACAUUGUUAUGAAAAACUUUUGAACCAGAGCGCAAUCGAGAUUGGUCUAUGCAUCGACUCGAUUUCGAAAGAAUAUUCGAAAGUUUUAUGUGAUUAUAAUAUAAUCGAAAUAUACAAUAAACUCAAAGAGGAUUUUCCAAAUGACGUUGGGGUACUUUCUAUUUUCUUUUUGAACGUUAUUCGCCUGCAACCGGGUCAGGCGAUGUUCCUUGGAGCAAACCAAAUACACGCUUACCUAUCGGGAGAUGUUGUGGAGUGCAUGGCUUGUUCCGAUAACGUAAUACGUGCUGGAUUAACGCCUAAAUAUAAGGAUAUCAAUCAACUUCUCAGUUGUUUAGAAUAUACAGGUUCUCCAGCUCAAAAUAAAAUUUUUGCCCCGGAACGCAUUGAUGAUCAGCGACUACUAUUCAAACCGCCUGUUGAAGAUUUUGCUUUGACUCAACUGACCUUAGGACGAAACGAUACAGAAUAUGUUUUAAAGGUUGAACAGUCUCCUGGUAUAUUACUUGUGAUAAGCGGACAACGCACUUUAGAAUCGAUCGGCAACAAUGCUUUAAAACUAAAACGUGGAUCGAUUGUUUACUUGCCUUGGAAAAUUGGAACCGAAAUGCGUUUUAUAUCCAGUGGAGAGGACAAUACUAAAUUUUUGACUUAUAUCAGCACCCCCAAUUCACCUUAACCCUCAACCAUUAACCUCUGGGACACUAUUUGUCUUCGAAAAAAAGAUAGAGGUAUAAUGAAUUUCGAAAAAGAGUUCGUAUAUCAAAAAAUUAGAUUAAAUAACUAUUUUCCAGGCCCAUAUUCCAAAAAUGUAUAUUCUUAUUUUCCGUCAUUGGAAAUAUCAAGUUUGAGUAAAUAAACUUUAGUCAAUACUAAAAUAUCGCUUAUUGUC